GGCAGCAUUUGGGAACAACAGGGGGAAGGAAUCGAUGAGACGAGUCGCUAUCAGGGGAAGGGCCUUUAUCUCUGCUUCAUGGCUUCACUAGUAUGAGUCUUGUGUUGUAGUGACACCCGCAGCGUAGUUAUCGCACCUUAAAAUGUAUCAUUUAUCAGGAGAAGCCCGUUUAUCAGUUUGAAACUUGGAGAGUCUUGUGGGCAGUGACGGAAGAGGAAUGCUCGGGAAGGACACUUCAUACCAAGUGUUCGACGAUGAUGAUGACUAUGAACAAAACAUACUCCCUCCAGAUCUUUUUGGGGAUCCCACUGAUGAACUUGAAGAUUUUGAAGAGCCAAACGAGAACGGUUCACCAGAUGAUUACUUCAGAGAGGGGAAUCAGUCGAUGAGAUUUAGCAAAACAUGCCUGAAGAAUUUCUUCACGGUGCUGCUCAUCUUCGUCUACCUGCUGCUCACCACAGUGGCAGCCUUCCUGGCCUACCAGACCAUCACCGACUUCAUGGACAAACUCAACCACCCCGUCAUGUCUGUGACCUACAAAGAGGUUGUCCAGUUCUCUCCUCCAGGUAUCGCUCUGUAUCCUGGCAAGGCGAAGCUGCUGAGCUGCAAUCAUUACUACCACGGCAACAUUCCGCCACUGGUGAAUCCUGGGACCCCCCAGAAGGGAGACUGUGUUAUUGAGGAGGUGUCCUACAUCGGGCCCUUCACCAACCAGACAGAGAAAAAAGCCCUGGUGAUCCGCGGGCCCUCUGAUGUCAGAAGCAAAGAGCUGGUCUUCCUGCAGUUCAGUCACAACGAAACGGACGAAGACUUCAGCGCCAUCACCUACAUGCUUUUCGCCAAGUUUAGCGAUUUGGUCGACAGUUCUAAUACGUCUGAGUUCAUGCGCAACUGUGAGAGAAAUUACUCCAUGUGGACCUUCUCUGGAGGCUUCAGAACCUGGGUCAAGAUGUCUUUAGUGAAGACGUCGAGCGACACCUUCGACGACAUCGAGUUUCGGCAAGAGUCUGCUGUGGUGAAAUUUAACGACAACCGACCCGAUGACGAAAAAGGGAAUGAGCUGUUCUUCGCUGUUUUUGAGUGGCGCGAUCCUUUUCAGCAAGAACGCCGACUGAUUGUGACGGCGAAUGCCUGGAGUUCUAUUGCGAUUCUCUGUGGGGUCUUCAUGGCUCUUUUCAAAGCAGCAAACUUUGCCAAACUGACUGUGCAGUGGAUCAUCCGCAUGCGGAAGCGGCAUCUUCGAAACAAAGUCAAGAAGCUUCACCAAAUUACCGCAUAAAAAACACAACAAGUGAAUCACUUUAUUUUUAAUGGAAAAAUGGACUGAUAAGGGGAAAUACUUGCCUUUACAAAUCAUGUAUUCCUUUUAGUUUAAUCCUCCAAAAAUAGGGGGCGCUGGUCUGGUAACCUGUGGUGUCAUUUCUGCUGUGCAUUCCUGGAAUCUCUUGAAAGAAGCCGCCCUGGUGAUCCAACAUUUCAGAACUACCUGCAGUGUCUUGUUGCAGCUUCUGCAAACCAACUCUUUUAUCUGAAGAAAACUAUGGAUCGCUUUUAUGACUUUGUGAUGGGAAUUAUGUUUUAUAAACCUUAUGAAUGUGAAAACAUUUCCGGAUUUUUUUUAAAAAUUGUACUAAUUCAAGUUUCCAGGCAUUGAUUUCCUAAUGGACUUCAACAAACAUGUGGCUUCCUGUCAACUUCCUGAAACAAUCCAUUUAAAUCAAUACUGCUGUUUUACAUGUCUUACAAAUAUGUGCCGUUACUUGAACACAGAUGUGUACAUUAUGUUGUAUGUUUUAAACACAGAAAUAAAGUAUAUUU